AAAUAAUCCAACAACACAAAAAAAAAAAAACACCACCCAAAAAGAGAAAAGGAAGAAAGGAAGAAGGAAAGGUUUCGUUUGUUUCGAUCAGAAAAAUCACCAUCUUCUCUUCCUUUUCCGAUUAUCUGAAACCAAACAGCGAGCUUGCUCGCUCUCCUCAAUUGACAACUCUUUCAUCUCCCAAAGAAAAAUCAAUAUUUUUUUCACCUGCUUGAGCCUUUCACACUUACUUUCACACCUCAAAUUUAUAAAUUAUUAAAAAAGAAAAUUCUUACUAUAUUUUUAUUGGUUUUUUUUUUUUUGGUGACCGACCCUCCUCCUCCUUAUAAAAACCCGUCCAGCUUCUCAUUUGAAAGAUCUUUUUUGAUCUUUUUUUUUUUUUUUUCAUUUUUAUCUUUUUUUGAUGUGUUCGGUAUUGAUGAUCAUCAUCGACUGAUGGAUCCGGGUCAUCCGCAUCAGCAUCAAUAUGGGUCGGUUCAUAUUCAUCCAGCUGAUCAGAACACGAUGGUUGGUGGAGGAGGGAUGGGAGCAGCAGCCGCCGAUAGGUUUCCGCAAUGGAGCAUACAAGAAACCCGGGAUUUCUUGAUGAUCCGGGCUGAGCUCGACCCGACUUUCAUGGAGACUAAACGGAACAAGCUUCUCUGGGAAGUCAUCGCCAACAAAAUGAGGGAAAGAGGUUACAAUCGGAGCGCCGAACAGUGCAAGUGCAAGUGGAAAAACCUCGUCACCCGUUACAAGGGGUGUGAAACGAUGGAGGCAGCAGAUGGGAUGCGUCAGCAGUUCCCGUUUUACAACGAGCUUCAAGGGAUAUUUGCUGCCAGGAUGCAAAGAAUGUUAUGGUUGGAAGCCGAAGGCGGCGGUGCAGCGGCCGCCAGCGGGUCGUCUAAUAAGAAGAAGGCGGCGGCGGUGGCGACCCUUUCGUCGUCGGAGGAGAUGGAUGAUCAGAACGAGGACAUGAGUGAAGGGGAGAGAAUGCUCCCCAUUAGUGCCAGUAGUAAAAAGAAAAGGAAGAUUAAGGGCAGCGGAGGCGGAGGCGGUGGAAGCAGCUCGACUUCGAACACGGCGGUGGCGAGUAGCGUGAAGGAGGUAUUGGAUGAUUUCAUGAAGCAACAGAUGCAAAUGGAGAGGGAAUGGUUGAAAGCUUACGAGGCACGGGAGGAGGAGCGGAGGAAAAGGGAGAUGGAAUGGAGGCAAACCAUGGAAGCUUUGGAGAAUGAGAGGCUGAUGAUGGAGAAGAGGUGGAGGGAAAGAGAGGAGCAAAGGAGAAUUAGGGAAGAAGCUCGCGCUGAGAAGAGGGAUGCCCUCAUCACCGCCCUCUUAAACAAGCUUCGAAAAGAAGAUUCAUAGCAACUAGCUAGCUAUACCAUUUGCAUAAAAAAAAAAAAAAGUUCCUAUCAUCGUCUUUAGGGCAUCUAGUUAGCUAGGGUGAGAUAUAUUCAGACAGCUUCAGAUUGAAAAUAUCAUUACUCUCUUACUGCUCGAUUAUGGGAGGGAUAUGAUCCAUCAGGUCAGUGAUUAGCUAGCUAGCUAUAUAGCAAGCAUUAGUUAGUCAGUCGAUCAGCUCUUAAUUUCAUUAAUCCUUGCAUUUCAUUUCUUUUUCUUGUGUAGUAGCUUUAUAGUUCAUGAAUUUUGAUUAAUCCCUGCUAGAUCUAGCUAGAUUUGUAACUUCAUUUCUGGUAUGCUGAGGAAUGGAAACCCUCAUUUUGCCAAUCAAACUUGAUUAUAACGUAAUUUCACAUAUAUAUAAGUAGUACGUACUCAUUAUUGAUGAUUUACCUCUCCUAAGCUUCCAUUUCGUACGUAAAUUUAAAUGCUGCA